AUGCGACCUCCACAGCUCAUCCUCCUUCUCAUAUGCCUGGUGUUCAUCCCUCUCUUUAUUACUACCCUGAUCCGCCAGUCUGCCGGCCCAGAGCACGCCGCACCUGAAUAUAGAAGUUACACCGGCAAAGUUGGUCGCAUACGAGACCUCUUCUUUCACGCGCCGUCUUCAUUAUUCCCACCUUCCGCGCUGAUAAGCUUGACAGACGAUAAUUCGACCUUUUUCCUUGCCCGGCCUGCUGCGUUUGGACCCCCUUUACCUUCAUCUGGUCUUGAUGGGCAGCUGUGGGUUGGGAGUGGUUUUGGAGAUAAUGUCGGUAAAAAGGGAGGAAUAACGACGAAAGCUGAAGGUGAAUUGGGAUGUUCUGAUGUCCCGGGAUGGGAGGAAGGAGAUAGGAGGGUGCAGGCUGCAGCUGGAGGCCGCCAUGGAGCGGACAAGGUGACCUCACAAGACCAUCCGGGCAUUAUAGUCGGCGAAGAUGGAAAACUCGAUAUUCAGAAAGGGGUCAGCACGGUUUUACCCCAAGAUGAUGGCAAGAAGAGUGGCCUACCAACAAAAAAUGAUGGAACCGAUGAUCACCUUCACCAUUCACUGGGAGACUCCAUACAACCCAGCGUGAAUGACGCUAGUGGGAAGAACAAGCAACCGACCCAUGCCGAUAUACAAUCCCUACAGGAAAGUGCAGAGAUUUCCGGAAAGGUGGUUCUACUUAGCCGCGGUGGCUGUGGUUUCUUGGAGAAGACCAAAUGGGUGCAGAGAAGGGGAGGGAUAGCCCUAAUUGUUGGAGACAAUGAGAGUGGUGGAGGUCUAGUUACCAUGUAUGCACAUGGUGAUACAUCAAAUGUGACCAUUCCUGCCGUUUUCACCUCCCACACCACGGCACAUCUGCUAUCUUCGCUCAUCCCCACAGACAAAGGUCAGGGACAUGGCUCUCCGGGUAACAAGCCAAAGGCAUCGAUUGAUGGAAAACAGAAUAAGAAGACAAGCAGCAGUGCCAGUAAGGCUAGUAUUGUUGCCCCUUCCUCGAAAUCUGCAAAAGCAACAUCAUCCAAACCCAAGAACACGCCAUCUUCAGACAAGGGCUUCUUUUCGUCUCUUUUCAACUUGUGGAACGACAAGUCGGUUCAUGAGGAUAGCAGACGACCACCCAGCAGUGGAAAUAUCGAUUGGACUUCACAAGGCGGAAAGUCGGAUUCCGUGGCCGCUUCGAAACCAAGACAAGACUCGGCCCAUCAGGACAAAGAUAAAGGCACGGCUGCUGUGCAAGCCAAGCCAGAUCCCCAUCAAAACAGUGAGGACGACUUUCUUAUUGGGGUCCAGGACUGGCGCGACCCUGACCUUGUGGCUAAACCCACCACGACAACAACCGGCAAGCCACAGCCCACCAGUCAAAAUGGUAACCCAAACAAGGAUGGAUCCGGUCCCGAUGCUAAAGGCUUUAAGGGUGGGAGUAUUACCCCUGGCAGUGGUGAAUAUGCUCAUCAGGGCAAAGGCAACUUGAAUGGCUCCAAUAAACAGUCUUCUACAUUGAAAUCUGGCUCCGGCAACUCUGCAAAGAAGGUACACUGGUGGACGGGUCUAUUUGGUGGAGGAAAAACAACGGAUGAAAAGAACAGCGGGCUCUCAAGUGGGAGCAAAGAUACACAAAACGGCGGAGGACCCCAUAAUAAGCAUGGCCACCAUGAUGACAAAGGGCCUGAGAAACAUGAAGGCUUAUGGGUUACCCUAGCUCCAACCAGCAUGUCUACCAGCCCAUUCUUCGACACCCUUUUAGUUUUAGUUGUAAGCCCCUUGAUCACGCUCACCGUUGUUUAUGCACUCCUCCUACUUCGUUCUAGAAUUCGUCGACGAAGAUGGAGAGCACCGAAAGCUAUCGUUGAUCGACUUCCCGUCCGAACUUACCAUACAAUUACAAGCAGCUCCAAUUCAAGCACACCUCCCCGUACAGCAGUGCCGGACUCUGCUUCCCCUUCAUCUCCUCUCCUUGCACGCUCAGAAUCGAGAGCUCGCUUUUCCACCCAUGUGGAUGCUACUGCAUCAAAUUCAUUGCCUAAUAUGACAGAUAUCGGCACUGAGAAAUCUAAUGCUGGAUCGACACUGUGGCGACGGAAAUACACUGGCCGCCAGGUGGAAUGUGUUGUGUGUCUCGAAGAGUAUGUCGACGGGCAGAGCAAGGUCAUGAGCCUGCCUUGUGGCCAUGAGUUCCACGCAGAGUGCAUAACACCAUGGCUUACAACCCGACGACGCACCUGUCCAAUAUGCAAAGGCGACGUUGUUCGAUCAUUUGGAAACCAUGGGUCCAACGACUACGACUCGAGCAGCCCAGACCCUUCGUCCAGCUUUGAUCAAGCACGGGCGCUCGAGGACCACAGCGGAUUCCCCUCGUCCGCCAUCCCUAUUCCAGAUCAUGAAAACACAGAAUCCGAGUUGGAGCGAGGUGCACUACUUGGAGAUGCCCUCAACGCAUCCAAUCGAUCUACUUGGAGAGGCCUUACGUCCUUGAGCCUUUCCGCUUUAAGUGGUGAUUCAAUGUGGCAACAAGUCCGACAUACACGAUCUCAAAGGAAUCGUUGA